AUGGAGUCCAAUCUGCAGGGAACCUUCCUGCUCAACAACACAUCGCUGGCCCAGUUCUCGGAGAUGAAGGCCCCCAUGUGCCAGUAUUCAGUGCAGAACUCCUUCUACAAGCUCAGCCCUCCGGGGCUGGGCCCCCAGCUGGCGGCCGGAACACCCCACGGGAUCACGGACAUCCUGAGCAGGCCUGUGGCUACGCCAAACAGCGGUCUCCUCUCCAGCUACCCCCAUGUGGCAGGCUUUGGUGGACUUGGCUCCCAGGGGGUCUACUAUGGCCCCCAGGUGGGGAAUUUUUCCAAGGCUGGGAACGAGUACCCAACCCGGACCCGGAACUGCUGGGCAGACACGGGCCAGGACUGGCGAGGCGGGCGCCAGUGCAGCAACACACCGGACCCCCUGAGUGACAGCAUCCACAAGAAAAAGCACACCCGACCCACCUUCACGGGACACCAGAUUUUUGCCCUGGAGAAAACCUUUGAGCAGACCAAGUACUUGGCUGGCCCUGAGAGGGCCCGGCUGGCAUACUCGCUGGGGAUGACCGAGUCCCAGGUGAAGGUGUGGUUCCAGAACCGGAGGACCAAGUGGCGGAAGAAGAGCGCCCUGGAGCCUUCGUCCUCCACGCCUAGGGCUCCGGGUGGCGUGGGCGCGGACCGCGUGGCCUCGGAGAACGAGGACGACGAGUACAACAAGCCGCUGGACCCCGACUCGGACGACGAGAAGAUCCGGCUGCUGCUCCGGAAGCACCGGGCCGCCUUCUCGGUGCUCAGCCUGGGCGCGCACAGCGUCUGA